AUGGCCGCGCAGUGGCAGCUCAAGGUGGCGGUGGAAUCCCUGAGGCCGCAGGACGUGGUCGAGAUCGGCGUGACCCCGGAGACUACCUGGGAGGAGGCGAAACUCGCGGCGUGCCAGGUGGCGUACGCCGAACCCGUCGACGUUGCCACCAGGCGACUGCUCUUCCGCGGCAGGGAGAGGUCCCCGACGGCAACACUGGGCAGGGACGGGGUGCGACCGGGCCAUAAGCUCAUGCUCGUGGAGAGCGACGAGUCCAAACGAGAGCGCGCGAGAGCCGCGCAGGAGGCGCAGAUGGAGCAGAUCAGGGCGGAACGCCAGCGCCACCACGCGUCUUCCGUUCACCGCGACGGCGUCGGCGGCACAGUUGGCGACGGCGGCGCAGUCGGCGACGGGGCGCGGCUGGCGGAGCGGUGUCGAGCCGAGGUGGACACAGCUGUGCGCGCGGCGGAUGCGCUGGAGCGCGAGCUGGGCGAGCUGGAGCGGGCGACGGAGAGGGCAGUGCAAGGCGGCGUCGCGUCGGCGAUGGGCGCCGCCGUGCCCAAGGACGUCGCGUUCCUCCACCUCGGGGACCGGCUGGAGAAGGCGUUGAUUUCUCUAGACGGCGUCGACACCGGCGGCGAGGAUGACUUGCGGGCGCUGCGGAAGGGCGCGGUGCGACGGAUCCAGGCGCUCAUGGAGAGGGGGGACGCCGCGAGGGCGAGGGCGGCGGGGGCGCGGUGA